UGAUGCCUUGUUUAGAGAGAAAGGGCAUCUAGUUUGACUCUCCCUCUCCCCUUCCCUCUAUCCUUUAUCUUUCACAUUCUUCUUUCGCUUUUUUCUCAAGCGUUAGAAAGCAUCCUUGCGUGGGUUUUCUUGUUUGGAAGCGAUUGGAGCUAGAUAGAUGGCUGUGGAAUUGAUGAUGGCUUCCAAGGUGCCUGAAAACGCUAUCAAGGAAGCUGCGGCUGCUGGGAUGCAGAGUGUCGAGCAGGUCCUUAGAUUGCUCUCUCAAACCAAUUUAGGACAACAACAAGAGCAGCAACAAUACCCAGAUUCGUCUUCAAAACUAGACCUCAAUAUCGAGGCUGUUGCAGAUGUUGCUGUCGACAACUUCAAGAAGGUAAUUUCUUUGUUGGGUCGAACCAGAACAGGACAUGCUCGGUUCAGAAGGGCACCUAUUGCUCCUCCUCCACAGCAGGUUCAAGAGCCAGGGCCUUCGGGUUCGUUGACUAGUAAUACUCUUCAAUCAAAUGAACAAAAAGUCUCUGCUUUUAAGGUUUAUCAGCCCACAGCAACUCAUCGUCUGCCUCCUCUGCCUCGUAAGGCAUCUACAAAGAAUGGGUUUUCAGAGAGGAAUGAUGCACCUGCUACCAUCAAUUUCUCGAAUUCUCCAAAUAUUUCGCCGAGUACUUCUUUUAUGUCUUCUCUAACAGGGGAUACUGACAGUAUGCAUCAAUCUAUAUCAUCUGGGUUUAAGUUCACAAACCCGUCGAAUGGAAUGCCUCCUCUGCCUUCUUCAUCGAUGAAGAGAAAGUGUAAUUCCAUGGAUGAUGGUGCUCUCAGAUGUGGAUCUUCUUCUGCUCGUUGUCAUUGUUCCAAGAAAAGAAAAUCAAGAGUUAAAAGCGUUAUUAGAAUUCCUGCAAUAAGUAGCAAGAUGGCUGAUAUUCCUUCAGAUGAGUAUUCUUGGAGAAAGUAUGGACAGAAACCCAUCAAAGGGUCUCCACAUCCAAGGGGGUAUUACAAAUGCAGUAGCGUGAGAGGGUGUCCAGCAAGAAAGCAUGUGGAGCGUGCAUCAGACGAUCCAAUGAUGCUGAUAGUCACAUAUGAAAAUGAUCACAAGCACUUCAUCUCCUCUGAUGCCCGAGUUCUUGAAUCCUCUUAAAAGUCAAAAACGGUUCAUUGUUCAUCUUCCAAAUAUCAAUGAGUGGUGCUCAGAAAGUCAAACAUAGAUGCAAAGAAUAUGGUUUAUUAUCUGUGUUUUUUUUUUUUUACUUGGAUGGGGAAGACUUUAUUUAGAAUAGAACAAAGUAGAAGGAAAUAAUAGAUAUUUUGUGCAUUUGGUGGGUGUUAGUUGGGUUUUUUUUUAAAAAUAUUUAAAUGUUGUUAUACUCUCUCGUA